UGCCUUCUCAGUGCGCAGACGCCCGUCAUGAUGGCCCCAGCGUCACAGCCGCGACAGCCAACAGCCCUUCUUCUGCCGAGGCGAUGAUGCCCACGAGCUUCGCCACGUGAGAAUUGAGGUGUUCCUCGACCAGCCGCUUGACGUCCUCCUCGCGCAGAACUGAGGGACGGUUGCACACACACACACACACACACACACACAGUCUUUGAGUGGUCGGCCAGUCACUCGCUCAUCAAUGUGUGCAUCUUACAUGGGGCCUGCGGCGACAGCGUAACUGCAGCGACAACCACACCAGGCAGCUCCAGCGCCCGCCGCCAUCCCUGUGGGUCCAUGUGGGUCGCCCCCUCCGCCAGCUUCAGCAGGUGGUCAACCAGCAGGCUGAACAGUGGGAGGGAGAGAUGUAGGGGGAUAUCGGGGAGCUCGUCAUCCACCAGAUGUUGCAAGACGGCAAGCGCCGUCCUCGAAAUAGACCCCUCCAUGUCGGUGCGCAUGACGGUCAGGCACUGCUUGAGGGUCGUCUGAUGACUGGCGAGGAAUAAGUCGCGUAGACGAGCGCCCUCGUCCGGUACAGCAUCAUACAGAGCAUGAAUCACCUCCGCGAGAAGCGCCAGCCGCAGGUACGUCACGACAUCCACUGCAGCAUCAGCUUUGACGGCGUGUUUGACGAAUAGGCUCUCGUCCGGCCCAUAGCAGCGGCUGCCGCCCUCUGCGGCCUCCCUCCAGGUCACCACAUCCACAACAACACCAGCCACAUCCACCAGCUGAGAUGGCUGCAACGCCGCCAGUGCGGGCCUGAUCUCCGGCAUAAGGAAGAGCAGCAGAUCUGCCGCAGCCAGCUGAGUCUCUGGAUUGCCGUUAUCCAGCAACCAGGUGAGUAUGCGGCGCAGACCUUUGUCUGCGAGAAAGCGACGGAGCAAAUCUCGGCCCCGCUUUCUGCUGAGCCUCUCGUUGACGCAUGCAUCAGCUACUUUCCGUGCUGCAGCUGUGAAGGUGCUGGGGUCCGCUGAGAGGAGAUCUGCCGCAAGAAGGUCGAUGUCGCUGUGACUCAGCGCCGGCUCGCGAGAUCCCUCCCUCAUCUCAAUGUGGCAGAUGAGGCAGAGCUGCACGCGUGGAGGGGCAAAGGGCGGGGCUGAAAAGCGCU